AUGAGAGCUUACUUCCGAAAAGACAUCAGCAGAGGGGUCAGUUUGAGGAGAGUGAUAGGAGUGUUACAUGGGCGAGUGGAGCUCCAGGAUGGCUCUGCACACAGUGAAGAUGUCCUAAACGUGGAUUGGGUUAAACAGCAGAAUUCAAAUUCAUCUGUGCUCUUAUCUCCUCCACUUGCAUCAAGGAUAGACGUCUCCUGUUAUAAUGACACUCUGACCCUGAGAUGUGAGGUCAUAGGUGACUUUGUUUCACUGCAGUGGAUGCAAAAUGGCCUCCCACUGCCAGCAGAUCAGAGAUUCAUCUUCACCGAGAUGAACACGACGAUGCAGGUGUCCAACCUGACCAGCAUCAUUUGUAGCACCUACACCUGCAGUGUUUCAAAUGAAGCGGGAUUUAAAGAGACACACGUGAACAUCACCGGUAACAUCACUGAAGUUUGUCUGAACAGAGCUUCAAAUCAUCCAUAUUUAAAAUUCAUCCUGCUUUCCACUGGAAUCACUGGUUUCUUGGCUCUGCUGAUUAUUCUGAUAUGUAUCUACAAAUGUUAUGGUUGUAUUAAAUCAGAUCCACCUGACAGAAGAACGAGAGAUCACAGAGAACAAAACAUCCAAAUGCAAGAACCUGUGUACGAUGAGCCUUUGCAGGAAGGAGCUGCUACUCCAAAAGUGGAGCCUUUGCCUUAUGUGUACUCAGACUUUAUAAAGCCGAAAGCUUCCCAUCAGGCCACAGCUGAUCAAGCUGAGGACUUCGGCUACUCAACCAUUCCAGAAAUUCUUAACACACAGUCUUCACAAAACCUACAUUCACUCAAAGCUGACUGAUGCAUGUGUGCUAAUUUAUACUGAGUAUAAAGCUGAACUUGGUUCUCUUGUUUUUGUUAGACUUAUUUGCAAGGAAUAUUACUAUUUAUAUUACUUAAAAUUAUUAAAAGAUCCAGAACAUCAAGAGAAUUUUCUGUGCUUAAAGAAGCAAGGUCGGAAACCAAUCAGCGUGAUCUUCAGAUGGCACCGCAUUAAAAACAUGCAAUUGAAUGCAUCUACAAAUGCAAGUUAAGACUCUCCUUGACAAAACAAAAACCAUGCAGUAUAUCAACAACAUCCAGAAGCGCUGCAGACUUCUCUUGGCUUAAGCUCAUCUGAGAUGGACUGUCACAAAAUGGAAACAUGUGCUGUGGUCCAGUGGAGUCCAGUCCAACGUUUGAAAGUCAGCAUCUGUCAUCUGUCUUCAAUAUUUGUCGUAGCAUUACUAACAAAAUGCCCUGCUACUGCUAAAUAAUACAUCAUUUUAUCAUUAUCAUUCAGUUGAUAAAGACUUAGUAUCUAGCACUGCAGAAAAUUUAUAGAUAUAAAUCUUAAUUUUUUUAAGUGGGGGAAAAUUUCC